AUGACUGUCAGAGCUCAAAAAUUUACACCCGAGGUAUUGCUCUCGGCACCACGCCGUUCAGCAGGUGUACCCAAUGCAGACGGUACCUCUGUUCUCUACACCACUAGCACUUACUCUUUCGAAUCUCACACUAAGAAUGUUGAGCUGAGAUGUUUGGAUACAAAGUCCAACCAGAGUACAUUGCUGGUUCAGGAGAACAGUGCUAGCGAGCCCGUGUGGUUGCCUGGUCAAAAGGACGUUUUUGUCUCCCUCAAGGGCGAGGAUAAGGGCAAAACAGCUAUUCUCGUUGCAUCAACAAAACCUGGUUUUGACUGGAAGGAGUCCACGUAUACUGCUGGAUCCAUUGAUGCUCCUGCCAGCAGCUUGAAGAUCGCCCAACUAUCAGACUCCACUUAUGCCGUUGUUCUGGCCGCUCAAAGCUCACCGGAUGGAUCGUUGUACAAUGCUGAAACGGCCCCCAAGACUCAUUCCACCGGAAAGCUGUACAAGAGCUUGUUCGUGAGGCAUUGGGAUGAUUACGUUACUCCGCAGAAAAACGCCUUGUGGUACGCUACUCUGACCAAGGCCAAAGAUGGCAAGUUUGAGCUGAGCAAGUGGAUCAAUGCACUCAAGGGUACCGGCCUCGAAAGUCCCGUUCCGCCAUUCGGUGGUACAGACAGUUUUGAUGUCAGCAAGUCUGGCAUCAUCUUUGUAGCCAAGGACCCGAAGGUCAACCCUGCAUUGAACACCAAGUGUAAUGUGUAUUACAUCGAGCUUGAUAGCUUCACCGAGAGAGCUGCUCCAAACCCUUUCGAGUACACGAUCCCAGGCUUCAAGGGAGCUAGUACUUCACCUGUCUUCUCUCCUGAUAGCAAGAAGGCUGUCUUCUUGAGCUUGUCUACUGCUGGGUACGAGAGCGAUAAGUCUCAAAUCUUCUUAAUCGAGGAUUUGAAGAAGGACUCGGUCAAGCGUGUGUUCGAUCAAAAGAAGGAGGGCAGUCUCGACAAGAGCCCACAGUCUCUCGUGUUCAGCCACGACGGUAAAACUUUGUACUUCACCGCUGAAGACGAAGGGUACGGCCGCCUGUUUGCUUUGACAUCUGUAGGCUCUGAAGUCAAAGUGUUGCGCCCGCUCACAAGCACUGGCUCUGUCUCUGAUGUACGACCUCUAGAUUCAGGAGACAUAUUCUACACCAGCAGCUCUCUCGUCGACUACUCAUCGUACAGCAUUAUCGAGACCUCGGAGGCUGAAGCACAAUCUGUUACGAAAUGGACACACUCAUCAUCCAAGGACGGUUCUUCUCUUGGACUUAAAGCGUCUCAGGUCUCUUCAAUCCAUACGCCAGCUUCGGACACUACGGUCAACAAGACUGUGCAUUCUUGGGUUUACAAGCCAUCGAACUUUGAAGAGGGCAAGAAGUAUCCGCUUGCACUGCUGAUCCAUGGCGGACCUCAAGGAGCAUGGGGAGACUCGUGGAGCACGCGCUGGAACCCCGCUGUCUAUGCAGAACAAGGCUACGUGGUCAUCACUCCGAACGUCACAGGCUCGACAGGAUAUGGUCAAGCCUUUACGGACGCCAUCAGAAAGGACUGGGGUGGCGCGCCAUACAACGAUCUCGUUAACGUCGUGGACUGGGUCGAGAAACACAUGCCCGAAGUCGACAUGACUAGAGCAGUGGCUCUUGGUGCAAGUUACGGUGGGUACAUGGUCAAUUGGCUCAACGGUCACGAUCUGGGACGCAAAUUCAAAGCACUCGUCUGCCACGAUGGCAUUUUCUCCUUCGCCGGCGGUCUUCUCGCUACCGAGGAGUUGUACUUCCCAUUCCACAACGAUCCUAGUCGUUACCUCGACCAUUGGCAAACACCUCAAUUGGUCAUCCACAACGAGAAGGACUAUCGUCUUUGUAUCUCAGAAGGUCUUGCAGCUUUCAAUGUCCUCCAGGCUCGCGGCAUUGAUAGCCAAUUCCUCACAUUCCCUGACGAGAAUCAUUGGGUCUUGAAGCCCGAGAACAGCUUGGUGUGGCACAAGGUCGUGUUGAACUGGAUCAACAAGUAUGCUGGUCUACCACCGUACUGUGACGACGAUGAAGAGAGUGAAAACUUCUUCGGUGGUUUCAAAGAGGAUAAGCAAGAGCUUGUCGAGAUGGCUGGUAUGGGCAAGCCUGAAACUUGA